AUGGUUAUUUCCUCCUCGACCCCUGAACUUCUGUGGAAACAGCACAUUUAUUUUCAUGGCCCACAUUACAUCUUAAGGCGUUACAACAUCAAUGACUUUUAUUCCCUUUUACACAAAUCAAGUAUAACUGCAGAUGUUCAAGAAAUAGGCACCAUUAUCCGUUCACUUGGUUGCUUUCCAUCUGAAGCUGAAUUGCCUGAGAUUAUUGCUGAGCUAGAAGAAGACGAGCCCAAUGGGUUUGUACGCUUUGAGAAAUUCCUUCCAGCUAUGACCAAGAUCCUGCUGGAGCACAAGUUCCAUCUAAUUACAGAAGAUUUGCUCUUGCAGGCCUUUGAGGUGCGGUCAGCAGAAAAAGGACACUUGGAACCAAAGGAACUGACCAAAUGUUUCACCCAAGAAGGAGAGCUCUUCACGCAGGAGGAGAUGGAGGAAAUGCUGUCUGCAGACAUAGAUCCUGAAAAAAAUGUCAUUUUCUACAAGGACUUUGUGAGCAUGAUGACCUUUGAUGACAUGCUAUGA